AUGUGGAUCAUAUCUCGAGUUUUUGGUGAGUCACGAUGGACCAGAGCCAUCUUUUGUGCUGUAGUUCUCCAGGCGCUGCUGGCCAUUGCAUUUGAAGCUGUAAUUUUCGCAUUUCACAACAAUGAGAUCAACACGAUCAACAAUUUAAAUUUGACAUCGCCAGGAACAUCCUCCUCUAUGACUACAGCCUACGCCAAUGCAAGAUCAUUGCUGGUCUACUUUAUCCUAUUUAUGCUCGCACAAGUAUUCACUGUCAUACUAGUAGUUGAUGCUAUCUAUCAACGUAAUACAAUUCAACUUAUUGCGCUGGUCGCUUUUGAAUUAGGCAUGAGUGCUUAUUCAAUCAUUCAAUUCCAUCAGUCUUCAACACUCAUCGACGAUGAUCAGGGAACAAAAAGCGAGGCGCUACAAUAUCUUCUCAAUGCGUAUCAUCUGUCAAAGUGGGCGGAAAUCACUCAAAUUUGCGUCAUGAUUGUCAGCACCAUGAUCUUUGUAUUUCUUGCAUACAAACUCUAUCUGGAAUUUGGCUGGCAUAUUUAUAAAAAGAUCGGCGCAGACUUGGCUAUGCGAGAUCGCUACAAAAUGUAUCAGAUUUUCAUGAUGUUGCUCAAGUUUGAUUUUUUCUUUUUCCUUGGAUUCUCGGUGCAGUAUCUUGCUCUUUUGAUUGUUGCAUGGUGGCCUGAUGCCACUAUAAAUGGAAAUGAAUCAGAAAUUGUCCGGGAGUUGAUAGAGCACAUUAUAUUGAGUUGUGUGCUCUCAAUUACAAUGUUAUGCUCAGCAUAUUGGGGUUUGAGGCGAGAAAAGAAGGUGCACAUGUACAUCUUUUUAAUAUUGUGCGCGGCAAGUAUGGGCUACUACAUUUACAUGUUGGUUCAGAUUGCAUCAGACCCUGCAAGAUUCCUGGGUUCAAAGGUUUUCCUGACCUUUUUCUUAUGUGUUGACAUGGUGUUAAUUUUGGCCUCUGUACCUAUCGCCAUCAUAUGUCUAAGAAAUUUUAACCUCGGCUUAAUGAAUCACAUUUCUCAUGCAACAGCAUCAGCUACCUCAGCUCAUUCGAUGGCUCCUUUGGGUAUUGAGAAAUCAGACUCUUCCAGACGUUGGUCAAUCGAGUAA